AUGGGCUCAAUAAUCUCACAAAUUUGUGAAUUUUUUGAAAAAAUCUGGCAAUAUUUUUUUGGAACAAUAGAAAAGCGCAUCUUAAUUGUUGGGCUUGAUGCAAGUGGGAAAACCACAACUCUUUAUUGGCUUAAGGAGGGUGUGUGUGCAUCAACAAUUCCAACGAUAGGGUUUAAUUUCGAAACUGUCAGAUAUAAAAACACUAACUUUAGCAUAUGAGAUGUUGGAGGAUUACCUGAAAUCCAAAGCUUAUGAAGGCAUUAUUAUCAAGGCACAGAAGGGUUGAUUUUUGUUGUUGACUCAUAUGAUAAAGAAAGGCUUGGGGAAGCAUCUGAUGCGCUCUUUAAAGUUUUGAGUAGUGAAGAACUAAUUAAAGUCCCUUUGCUGGUUUUAGCUAAUAAGCAAGACUUGCCCAAUCCGAUUAAGGUUUCAGAAAUUGUAGAUAAGCUAAAUCUUCAUUCAAUUAAAGAUAGAGAAUGGUUCAUUCAAGCAACAUCUGGAAUUACAGGAGAAGGACUUUUUGAAGGACUAGAAUGGCUCAGAACUGUUUUAAACUCAUAA